CCUGCCAACACUAAAUCGGGACACUUGGAAAAUCGUGCGCCGUGUUUCUUUUCCCGUGUAACAGAACUGCAAAAUCGCUAACAUCCUUAGCAAAACAUUUCUGUACAGUGGUGAUCCAGUUCAGUGAUAGAGUCAAAAGGAGAGCUUGAUAGAGCCAAUACGAUCUAGUGCUCGGAAACGGCGUUUUUCUUCGAUCUAUCAACACUAAUCUGCUGCCCCAAAUAACACAGAAGGAUGGCUGCUGCACCUGUUAUCAUUCCAUCUGUAGCUAAGCAUACAUCAACGCUAAUCUUUCUACACGGACUCGGCGAUACUGGCCAUGGCUGGGCCACAUCCAUGGGAGCGCUACGAACGCGCGACAUGAAGGUGAUCUGCCCAACCGCCCCGACCAUGCCGGUUACGAUGAACGGCGGGUUCCGGCUUAACUCCUGGUUCGAUCUAAAGUCGAUCUCCAUCAGUGACCCGGAGGACGAGGAAGGCAUCAAGCGGGCGACCCGGUCCGUGCACGAUCUGAUCAGGAGUGAAAUGGAUGCCGGUAUCGCCUCGAACAGAAUCAUGCUGGGAGGUUUUUCGCAGGGUGGUGCAUUGGCCCUGUACGCGGGUCUUACGUUCGCCGAACCGCUCGCCGGUGUGAUGGCCCUGUCCUGCUGGCUGCCACUGCACAAGAGCUUUCCCGGUACGCGAAAGUGUCCGGAUACGGUACCGAUCCUUCAGUGCCAUGGAGACUGUGAUCCGAUCGUAUUUUACAAGUUUGGUCAAUUAUCAUCCAGCGUGCUCAAGUCCUUCAUGAAGAACUCUCACUUCCAGACGUACCAGGGACUAGGACAUAGCUCCUGCGACGCAGAACUUAGUGAUAUGAAGAAAUUCAUUGCAGAUCAUGUUCCUAAUCAAUGAAUAGUUCCCGCCACUUUGCUCACCGACCACCGUGCACCAAAUCGUAUGUAAAGUGUUGGAUGAAACAUUCGUUGGUGGUUUUUCUCCGUUCUUUCCUUUAGUAUUAAUCCCUCUUCAUCAAAAAGAGUUUUAUCAAACAUUGCAAAAAGAUUCGACCACGCUGCUGAGUUUAAAAAAAAAACAGUAUCACAUAACUAAUGGACUAUGCAACGCAAUACAGAAACUGAGACAAUGUCCGGAUGCAUACGUUUUUCCACUUCACCCCAUUCGUCCGGAGAAAAUGCCAAACGAUAAAUGAACACCAGAUUGUUGUCUUGACAACCGGACACUGUUAGCACGUUGAGGACGAUACUUAUAUAGAACAACCAUAAUUAAACCGAUCACACAGCAAUUCAAUCGAACAAGCGAAAAAAAUGCGUGAAAACUGAGAGGAACGAUAAAAAAGUAUAUUUAACACAAAAGUAUUCAAAUCAAGUGAAAUUUAAAUGCAAACUUAACGAUACCUAGAGCAAACGUAGGUGCAAGGUAUGACAUAGAGAUAAUCUAGAGUAAACAAAGUCAAACUUUUUAUUUAGUUCAAGCAAUCGAGCCAAACCGCUCACCACUGAAGAAUGUUGCUGAUAAAGGCUGCUAAGCAAGCCAGUUCGAUAAACAAAAGUCACAUGUUCUUAUUUAAUGUUCCGUAAGCGAUAUUGGUUUCCAUUCUUUUCACCCUUUCUUACUUUCCUAAAGCGUUCCUUAUUUCUAUAAGCCAAGCUCUAUUUUCUUGGUUGCUUGAGCUUUUAUUGGGUUACAGGCUUUUUUCUCUCUUUCGUAGACUCCUUUUUGACUUUUGUACUCUACUUUACUCUACCCUAUCGAAUACUUAAUAUCUAUCCUAUCGAUUAAUCGUUCCGUUUCAUCGGUUUUGCGUAGAAACUUGAACAAUCUUCUUCUAUCUAAUCGUGUUAAUGCCAGCAUAACGUCUCAUCGUGUACCUUCCUUUACCACAAACCACCCCGAUAAAGACCCUAAUAAAAUGCAAAUCCAUUACAAAGACAAUUGCAGCAAAUGAGAGCAAUACCUAAAUCAGUGUAGCGCUAUGAAUGGUUAGGGCUACAGGUUCCUUUGCCCCUGCUCUUAGGUUUACCUGCGCCAUCAUAAUGCGGCCGAUAGUUUGUUUUAGGAAAUCGAGGUUCUAGCUGGCCAGCAUUCCGCAGACGAGCAGAGUUGAUGCAACGUCCAGCUUGUUUCCCGCACGAGCGUUACAUCUAGGGUUUGGAGACACUGAAUAUUAUCAAUAGGAAUAAUCACAAAACAAUACAUUCUAUGCAAUCA